AUGUUAUUCAGCGCACUCAUCUCUGGCGCCAUAGCGACCAUCACAGGCCUCCUCUCUCUCUCGGUCAAGAACCCCGUCAUCGACGAAGAUGUCGCCUUGGAAGUAGACCUCAAGUGGAUGCGAGCAGCAAUUGACGCCAUGCCGCCGUGCCACUUUAACGCGUACGGCUCGGUAAUCAUCAAUGCAACCAGUAAUGAGAUCCUGUGCGAGGGAUACAACUCGCAGCGCGAACUCGGAGACCCAACCGAACACGGUGAGGUAAACGCCAUCAGGAACUGCGUACGCAAGUUCUCCUCGUUGGGGUGGACGCCGUUCGAGAUUGCCGAGAUCUGGCCCCAGAGCUGGAUAUAUACUACUGCCGAACCGUGUCCUAUGUGCGGAACGACCAUUCUUCAAGCCGGCUUCCGCCGCGUUGUGUACGGUACAUCCUCGCCGUCCCUCAUUUCAUUGGGAUGGACAGAGUACCUCGUCUCCGUACGAAAUGAGUGGCUUCGCCGGGCCGCGGUCGUACAGCCCGGCUUUGGGGCUGGGCGGCCUAUCACGCAGGUCGUCGGGCCACUAGGAGAUAACGAGACGGAUCCGUUAUUAGCGUGGCAGUUUAACGCGAGUUAUCCUUGUCCUGCUGGAUGUGGGCGGAGUCAGGGAGUGUGCAUGCCCGAGUAUAAGUAG